UUAUUUGUUACCAUAUGAGAACAUUUAAUUCAAUUUCCUACUACUAAUAGCGCUAUGAUCUAUUUCUGAAAAAUAUUAUAUGACAUAAAUAAGUGCGAUAUCUUUAUAUUUAUUGUAAAGGCGCCUAUAUAAUAACAUGAGUUUUUCAAUACAAUUGCUGAGCGAUUUUUUUUUUAUGAUGACAUUAUAAGUUUUUGUAAUGAUAUUAUAAUUUUAAAACAUGUUUUCAGUUAGAAUAUUAACAAUAGAUAGUUAUCAAACAAAUCCCAUUUCUGAAUUAGAUCCCACGUUUUCAGAAUUUCGAGGCAAUGAAAUCAAGCAUGUACCUGUGAUUAGAAUAUUUGGUACAACUUUAACAGGAGAAAAAACAUGUUUGCACAUACAUGGCGUAUUCCCAUAUAUAUAUGUACCAUGUACCAUAAAAGAAAAUAUAAAUAGUUUUAUGCAUCAAUUAAGUUCGUCAAUAGAUAAUGCCAUUAAUGUAUCAUCAGGAAAAACAGCACAUAAUACUCAACAUGUAUAUAGAAUACAACUAGUUCGUGGAAUUCCAAUUUAUGGAUAUCAUGAAACAGAAUAUCUUUUUUUUAAAGUUUAUUUUUAUAAUCCAUUUAUUAUUAAGAAAGUAGCAGAUUUAUUGCAAAAUGGUGCAAUUUGCAAUCUAAAGUUACAACCACAUGAAGCACAUAUUCCAUUUAUUUUACAAUUUAUGAUAGAUUAUAAUUUGUAUGGUAUGAAUCUUAUAAAUAUAAGAAAAAUUAAACAUCGCUGGUAUUCAUUUUUAAAUACAAAAGAAGAUACGAACCAAAUGUAUAAUUCAGAAUCGUAUGAUUCACAAAAAUAUCUUCCAAUGUCUGUUAUUCGUCAAACAAUAUGUGCCUUAGAAGUAGAUGCACAAGCAGAUAAUAUAUUAAAUCGAGAAAUAAUCGGUGAAGGUAUGGAAUUAAAUCCUGGUCUUGCUGAAAUUUGGAAAGAGGAAAAAAUAAGAAGACUUCAAGCUGGCUUGGAAAAUGUUAAGUCACAGUUAUUGUAUCCAAAAAGUUCUGAAAAACGAACCGUAUUAUCAACUGUUAAUGAUAAUUAUCAAGAGCAACGAAUGUUUCAGAAACUUCAAGACAUUCUACAGGAGAAUGAGGCAGUAACUUUAUCAAACUUAAUAGAAACUUCUUAUCCAUUAGAAGCACAAGAGGGUGACGAUCUGUUAAAUGCUUCAUGCAUUGUAAAUCAUAUUACUCCAUCUUCAUCACAAAAAAUAUAUGAAAAAGAACAAACAAAAUAUAAAAGCUUCAAAGAACUAUCUUCAUAUUUUUUAUUAGAAACUCUUCCAACCAGUCAUCAAGCUAGUAAAACAAGUUCUUUGAAUGAAGAUGAUAUGGAUUUAGUGGAAAUAUUAGCUGAUUUAUCAAAAAAUGAUGAAGUUAAAAAAAUAAUAGAUGAUGAUAGUAUAUUAGGAUCUCAAUAUUUAGAACAGCAUAAUAAAGUCUUAUCUGACUAUGAGGAUGAUGAAAAUGAGCAGUUGAACUUAACAAAUCUGGAUCUGACUAGGCUUAGUCAAAAUUUAUCAAAUACGUUAAUAGAAAAAUCAAAUAUAUCAAAUGAAGAAGAUAUCCAAACAGAUCAUAAAAAGAAUUUAAGUAUACUAAUUUGCCCUCAAUUUGAUGGUGCUGAUGAUUUUCUAGAAAGUCCAAAAUCUAAAAAAAGAAAAAAGACAAAUACACAAUGUGAUAAUAUUAAUAAUUUACUAAGUAAAUCACAAUCUAAGAAAACGAAAACGGAAUAUGCUGAACAAUCACGUGUUAACGAACAAAAUUCUGUGAUUGCAUCAUCUUCAGCACUUUCUAAUAAAAAUUAUCUAGAUUCUACUACAAUAUAUCCCUUGUUGAAAUCUAAAAUCAUCGUGGAUGAACAAGAAAAACGUAUUUGUACUUAUAAUCGCCAUAAAUCGUCUACUAAACAAACUGUAGUUGAUAUUGUACAGGAAGAAGGAAUAACUGAUUUUAAAACCCAUAACUGUGAUAAACUUAUUAAAUCUAAGGAUAUGAGUAAUGAAGAUUUAAAAAAACAAAUAUAUGAGUCAAAGAAUAGCAAGCAAGGAUCGUCUAAAAAAAAUUUUAAUUCAUCAAGAAAUUACUCACCAUUAAAUUUAAUUAUUAGUUCUCCAAAAACAUUAAAAUUCAACGAUAAAAAUGUAAUAAGUUCCAAGAUUAUAGAGGGGGAUUGCAAGAUAAGUCCUAAGAAAUUGGUAUUUUCUGAAUUGGAUGAUUUAAAAUAUAAUGUAAUUGAACCUAAUGUAUCUCAAUGUAAUCCAGAUAGUAAAAAUUUAUCUAGAGAAUAUCAACAAAAGGGAUCAGAUAUUAAACAUAAUAACGACAAAACUGAUGAUCUUGCUGAUUUGUCAUUCCAAAUUAAUGAAUUAAAUGUUCCUGAAAGAGAUCUAGAAAAAAAUAUACACAACACAACAUUUACACAAUAUAUUGAAGAAAAAAUCAGAAAUGAAAGUCAAACUUCGCAGUCCAAGUAUACUCUUAUCAAUCAAACAAAAAGAAUUUCAAUUACAAUUACAACAAAGUUUAACCCACCUACACGAGAACGUGUAUUACAAAGUUCGGCUAUAUAUCGUAUUUCAAAGAGCACCCGAAUAGAACCAUUUUUUAGUAAUAAGUUUGAUUUAAUUAAACAAAAAGAAAUUUCAUCUAAUACUUUCAAUAUACCAGUGAUUGCUUCAUUUAAUUCCAGUUUGGAAGGAAUUACAGGUAUUAAAUUAUGGCGACGAAUGAAAGUAAAUGAAUUUUAUCCUUCUGGAUCAAACAUAAAGUCAAAUCACAUGAAAAGAGUCCUUGCAGGCUAUAAUUUAUUAACGAUACAAACUCUUUUGGAACCUCCACAAGCAAAAUCUGUUCAAGCAUGGUUGAAAUCGAAGCAACGCUUGUCUAUGAAAAAUCAACAAAUUGACAUCGAUAAUACCUCUACAAGUGGCCAAUCUUUUUCCUCUACUAAUUUUAAUUCAUUAAAGAAGAACACACAAGAAAACACAUUUAAUGAUAUAUUGACACAUAAGCACAAUAAAGUAUCACAAUAUCUAGGAAUUUCUCAUGGACAGAUAGAAUAUUCUUUAAAUGAAAAAGUUGGCAGUGCCUCAAAUGAAAAUCUUCAGCAUUCUAGAACUAUAACUAUGCAUCAAUAUAUAACAAUACUUUCUUUGGAAAUACAUGUUCUUACACGUGAAGAUUUCAUACCUGAUCCACAACAUGAUCCCAUAGAAGCAAUUUUUUAUGCUAUUCAAAAUGAUGUUCCGAUUUCUUCUGAUGUAAAACAAAUGGAAUAUGGAACACUUAUUGUAUGUUCAUCCAACGAACACGCAGCAGGUUUCAUUAAUUCUCAUAUUCCUCUUAUUCCAAACUUGAUACAAUAUGUAGAAAGUGAGGAAGAUUUAUUAAAUAAUUUAGUUACAUUAAUUCGUCGUUGUGAUCCCGAUAUAUUAAUUGGUUGGGAAGUCGAAGUUUCAUCUUGGGGUUAUAUUUUUCAAAGAGCUUCACAUUUGGGCUUUAAACUGUUUCCUUUAUAUAUUUCAAGAACUCCGAAUGUUUCAUCUACUUAUGGAUUUCAAAUGUUUUCUAAGGAAGAUUCAGAAAUACGAAUACCAGGCCGCAUAUUUUUGAACGUCUGGAGAAUAAUGAGACAUGAAAUAGCAUUAUCAAGUUAUACAUUUGAAAGCAUUAUGUACAAUGUGAUGAAAGAAAGAGUUUCAUGUCAAAACUAUAAAACAUUAACAAAGUGGUGGAAACAUCCAAAUAUUGCAAUGAAAAGUAGAGUGAUUGAUCAUUAUGUUAUAAGAGUAUCAGGAAAUUUAAGAAUUCUUUCUCAAUUAGAUAUUAUUGGCAGAACGAGUGAAUAUGCACGACUCUUUGGAAUACAAUUUUAUGAAGUAUUUUCACGAGGUUCUCAAUUUCGUGUCGAAUCAAUGAUGUUAAGACUUGCAAAACCCUUAAAUUUUAUUACUGUAUCACCUUCUGUACAGCAAAGAGCUAAAAUGCGUGCACCAGCAGCAUUACCAUUGAUCAUGGAACCAGAGUCUAAAUUUUAUACAGAUCCAAUGAUAGUUCUUGACUUUCAAAGUUUAUAUCCAAGCAUUAUAAUUGCUUAUAAUUACUGCUUUUCUACAUGUUUAGGUCGCAUCGAACAUUUAGGAAAGUCUAUACCAUUUGUAUUUGGUGCAACAACUUUAAAAAUUAAAAGAAAUACUCUUUUAAAAUUACAAGGAAAAAUCAAUUGUGCGCCCAAUGGUGUAGCUUUUGUAAAAUCUGAAGUACGCAAAGGCAUAUUACCAAGAAUGCUUGAGGAAAUACUAAAUACUCGUAUAAUGGUAAAGAAUUCGAUGAAACUUUAUUCAUCUGAUAAUCAUAAUCUUCAGCGUAUUCUUCAUUCGCAACAGUUGGGUCUAAAGUUGAUAGCAAAUGUUACAUAUGGUUAUACAUCUGCUAACUUUAGUGGCAGAAUGCCAUGCAUUGAGAUAGGUGACAGUGUAGUUAGCAAAGGAAGAGAGACUCUUGAGCGUGCUAUAAAAAUCGUGGAGUCUACACCUAGAUGGGGUGCCAGAGUAGUUUAUGGAGAUACAGAUUCAUUAUUUAUCCUAUUACCUGGAAAAUCACGAACAGAAGCUUUCAAAAUUGGUGCUGAUAUUGCGGAUACUGUUACAGCUGCUAAUCCUCCUCCUAUAAAAUUAAAAUUCGAAAAAGUCCUUCAACCAUCUAUUUUGCAGACAAAAAAGCGUUAUUGCGGUUACAUGUAUGAAACUUCUGAUCAAAAAAGUCCUGAAUAUUUUGCAAAAGGUAUUGAGACAGUACGUAGAGAUGGAUGUUUUGCUGUUUCAAAGAUUCUUGAAAAAUCAUUGAAAAUAUUAUUUGAUACUUCAGAUAUUUCUUUAAUAAAAAUGUACAUUCUCCGACAAUUUAAUAAAAUUUUAUGCAGACGAGUCUCGAUUGAGGAUUUAACAUUUGCCAAAGAAUUUCGUGGUUUGAACGGUUAUAAACAAAACGCUGUUGUCCCAGCAUUAGAAUUAACACGCAGAUUAAUACGCAGGGAUCCUCGCGCAAUACCCCGUACCGGUGAACGUGUACGCUAUGUCAUUGUUGCUGGUGCACCGAAUCAAGCAUUAAUCCAUUGCGUUCGUACACCAUGGGAAGUAAUGUGCGAUCCUGGUUUAUAUCCGAACUCUAUUUAUUAUAUAACAAAAGUUAUUAUACCGCCUCUAAAUCGGUGUUUUAAUUUAUUUGGUAUCGAUGUUAAUAACUGGUAUCAAGAGAUGUCUCAUCGACAAUCAUUCGAUAAACUAGACUACUUAAAUACGAAAAAUCCAAAAUCUACGAUUUGUCAAUUUUUUAAUACUACUAUAUGUAAUGUUUGUGGAGAGCAAUCCAAUAAUGAAAUUUGUUUAGAGUGUAUGGCGCAACCUGAUAAAACAAUUCUCGCAUUUUACGAAAAGAUAAGAUGGCUGGAACGUACGUAUCAGCAAUUUAAUGAAGUAUGCUAUUCGUGUGUAGGACGACGAGACGAUCCUGAUUGUGCUUCUUUAGAUUGUCCAAUAUUAUAUCGCAUGUACGAAGCUCGAAAAAAUCUUGCACAAGUAUCUUACUUAAAUAAUCUAAUAAGUAAUGGUACUAAUAUUAUUACUACACACGACGGUAAUGUACCUACCUCGUAGUAACGGUAGCGCUGCUAAUGACGAUAAUACUCGUAAGAUCGUGAGAUUAUUUGGAUCUCUUGGAAAGUAAAUGAAAUAAAAGAAGCUGCUUUACUA